AUGGUACUCCUCAAGCUCCCUUGGGGAGCAGACAGUCGCCAAGACGCCAUGGAAAGUUUCUACGGGGCCAGCCCGGAGAAGUCACCUCCCAGAGCCUCUGUCACCCCACCAGUACUCCCAGUCGAAAUAUGGCAGCAAAUCAUCUUCUACAGCAUGGAAGGUAUCUCAGUCAGAGACGCGUUUCGACUUCGUGUUGUGAGCCGCGACUUUUCUUUGAUGGCCAUGAAAGCCAUCUAUGAGUCAGGAAUAUUACGCCGCUGCUGGCAUCUCCCCGAGGGAAAGCGAAGGAACAAGUUUUGGGUCGACUAUCUCACUGCCAGAGUUAUGAACAAGGUCUUAACACUACAGCCAAGUUCCGAACAUCUCUGGCUCAGAGCAAUUGCUGAACGCAUCUUGGAAUGGAGGGAAGAAGAAAGGGCACGAGGAGACAGGCUGGACUGGAGUGUGAAGGACGAGGACGAGCUUGAGAAUAUUGUGCGUCAAAUUUCCGAGUUUGCAGCGUUCCAGGGUGAGUUCAGCGAGCCGCUGAACUUUUAUCUUGGGUUGCGAACAUGUGGUAAGCCCUGGGUUCCUAUGCUGGUGCUGGACGAGAGAUGCGGACUGUUUCGAGAUGCAUUACUCGCAGUCGCAGUCUAUCUGAAUGAAAUCACUUUUCUUCAUGAUAGACUCGACGCUGGCAGCAAAGUCACCUGCACACACCACCCUCCCCUCGAAAGGCAUAAAGGCCAUUACCGUCCGGCGCCUUUCAAUUGUCACCCGAUCUACGAAAUCUAUAACACUGAGAGGUUCGGCCGCAAGUCGUCGGAAACAGAAGACGCUGCACGGUUCUCCUUUGGAUCCCCAAUCUCGGUCGCCAUGCGACUGAGAAGAACCCAAUGCCUUACCGCUCUGAUAAAGAGCUUAGAAGACUUUCCUUCUGAGCUCCUGCUAUGUAGGGCCGAGAUGAUGCGCGAAGCCGACCGCUUGUGCAACAUGGAGUAUAUGCAUCUGGCGAUAGAAGCCGAUCCGCCUUUUACGGCAUGUCCAGCUGUCAGGCCGCGUGAUUAUGGAUUCUACGACGACACGCGAAAGGAGUACGCGGUCAAAAUUUUCCGCGAUUUUUUCAACACCACCACCUUCCUCGAGGUUUUCGAUCUACUCUACCCAAUCAUGACAGCAAAUUGCCAGGCAGGCGAGGUUCCAUAUUGGGAUUAUUAUAACUCCAGAGAUGACUUUGCACGCUGGGGAACAAAGAGGAUGUACAGAGCAAUCCGCGAUGGAUGCUUGCCCAUCGUCAAGAGGCUGGUGCAGCUCAAAUUCAGUAUCGGGCCGCAGCCCAUGGUAGAAGCUCUCGAGAGCGGCUACGACUGCAUGGUCGAGUACUUCCUUAGUCUGGGCGUGCGGUUCGACGGGGCUUUGGCUGUUCCUGCAAGAACGGGAGACGUGCAGAUGGCCCAGCUCCUCUUGGAUAAAGGAGCUGGAAAAAAUAAGGAGAGUGUACGAAAUGCGAUUGAGGAGGCUAUGAUACAUGGCAACGAGGACAUGGUCAUGUUCCUCAUUGAAAAGGCCCCGGCAAAGGGCUUGUUGAACAAAAAGGCAAAGGCAAAUCUGAAGCGUGUUCUGGGGUAUAAGAACCAGCCAGAUAUGUUGCCUUUACUAAAGUUGCUGUAA